AUGGCGGCCCUUGCUAGUGUCAAGGCUGUCGACACAACCAUCACUUUACCACACGCGCCAACUCACAAAUUCAGAAUUCGUGUGUAUUCCCCGGGGCAGACCAGUGCAAAAACACUCCCGGUAAUGCUUUACUUCCACAAUGGAUAUUGGGCUACUGGAAAUGUAGACGGCGAUGACCUUGGCUGCCGGGCCAUGAUCGGACACGGCAAUGAGCUCGUCAUUAUUUCCUUCGAAUACCGACUUGCACCGGAAAAUUCAUGGGACACUAUUCUUUCGGAUGCGGAGUAUGCCCUUCAAUGGGUAAACAAGGAUGCAUCAGCUUAUGGAGGCAAUGUUUCAGAGGGCUUAUACAUUGGUGGUGCCACCGCUGGUGCGCAUUUAGCUGCUGCUACUGCUAUUCGUGCGCGCGACAGACACCCUUCAAUCCAGCUUGCAGGCCAGUGCUUGAUUGUUCCGACGGUUCUAGUAUACUCUGGCCCGCAAUCUGUCCCAUCAGAAUGGGCUCAAAAGGUUGUCUCACAUCAGGAAAACGCCGAAGCUCCCGUAUUUGGAGAAAAGGAUUGGCAGAAGUAUCUGUCUAUACUAAAUGUUCCCGAACCAGAGCAAAGGAAGGGAGAGAAUUUCCCUGCUUGGGCAGACCUCAAGGGACUCCCCCCAACAUACCUUGCUAUGGACGGACCUGACCCUAUACGAGACGAAGGUUAUUUGUAUGAGGCCAUGCUCCGCAAAGCCGGUGUCCAGACUCGAACUGAUCACUACGAAUUGCCCAAUUGGUUCGUACAAUUUCCUCAGCUACCAACGACCGCUAAGGCGGGAAUGGAGCUUGCAACGGCAGUUCGGUGGUUGCUGGAAGCCAAUAAGUACACUAUGUAA